AUGGUCUCCUCAACAAAUGAAAUAUGUAAAAGCUCUAGACGGCAUUCAAAGCGUAGAGUCUUUCUAAGUAAAUCCUUUUUUAACCCGCGGCCCCAAGGAAAAGCGUUCCACGGUUGAACAACUCUUACAAAGAAUGAAUAUUUAUAGCAAUUUAUUCUUGGCAAUUUAGUGUACAACGUAUACUUAUGGUGGUUCUGACGUCUUGUUUGAGGGUUGAAAUUCAAAGAUCUCCGCAAAUAAUAUACCAUUAAGACCGAAUAUCGAUUUAUAGCAUUCAACGCACAAGAGAUAGGAGAUUAAAUCCAGCUCUGGGUGUACCAUCAUCAAUGUGCAAGCUAACUGACUUUUUCUAUCUUGAACAGUUAUACGAAUUUUUUACGGAAUCGAUUUUUAGUGUGAUGGAAUGUAUAUAUAGUUCUGGUGCACGUGAUUACAGUGGUUACAUUAAUUUCCGUUGUGAAAACUGGUAUAGUAAUUGGUUAUAUGUGUCUGGUUAUGUUAAAUAUACCAUAUACGUUUCCGCUUGCCAAAAAGUAGAAGCAGUAAGUCAGAUAUGUACCAAAUUAAGGCAUAUAGCGGCUCAAUAUAAUUAUACUAAAGAUAUAAAACUGUCGAUGUAAAAUAUCAUUUGCGUGAAUUAAAUGGUUGACAUGCAUUCGGGAAUGAAGAGGAAUAUUUUCCUUAAUUAAAUAUUAAAUAUUCAUACCUCUAAAAUUCAAAUUCCUACCUUAAGAAUUCCUCAAAACUUGUCAACGGGGGGAUCUUCAUUCCAAUUUUUGUUUCAAAUAUAUUAUCAAUAUUCAUAUUCCUAUAAUUAAUAUUCAUUUCUAAAAAGAUCAAUCAUGCUAAAUUAGAACUACGUUAAUUGAAAAUUUGAUUUCAGAGGAAACAGAAAAUAACAUAUGUGAGCAGGAGUUACCAUGCAAACAUGGCGAGUGCAUUCCUGAUGGUGAUUCGUAUUUAUGUAGCUGUGAUUCGGAUUAUGAAGGGAAUAACUGUGAAACGUUGAUUGGUAAAUAUAAUUACUGUAGCAGUUUACUAUACUUUAUUUCACUAUAUUAUUACUUUCGGUUAAGGUGGAAUGCCCCUCAAAUUUUUCUCAGAUUUUUGAAAAAAGUUUUUUGUUUUGUUUUAUAUGAUGCCUAUGUUAUCAAAAUAUACUCCUAUGUUGCUUUCUCCAUGAUUUUAUUUAUUUUAAGGUGGCUCAAUACAGUUUUUUAAAAAAAUGGAAAAUUGACGAUUUAUAUGCGUAUUUUUGGACAAUUAUUACUUGUUGAUAAACAAAAAGUACCUUACUUAAAUAAAACAACAUCUAAACAGUUUGAAUUUUUUCAAGUUACGCAACUGCCGUUGCUAUGGCAACAAUGACGUUUCAAGAUGGCGGAUAUUUUGGGCUUUAAAGUAAUUUAACUCGUAAACGACAUCGGUGACCCCCACAUUUUAUUUCAAAAAAUUAUUUCUCUUAGUAUAAUCAAUUAUUUUGACAAUUUGAAAAAAUUCUGUGGAGCCAAAGAAAAUUAUUAUGAAUAAUCACCUUUACCUAAUUUAAAUUUAAAUUGUCAAAAUAAUUGAUUAUACUAAGAGAAAUCAUUUUUUUAAAUAAGAUUUGGGGGUCCCCGAUGUCGUUUACGAUUUAAAUUACUUUAAAGCCAAAUUAUCCGCGGCCAUCUUGAAACGUCGUUGUUGCCAUAGCAACGACAGUUGCGUAACUUUUGUGCAAAUAUUCAAACUUUUUAGAUGUUGUUUUAUAUAAGUAAGGUAUACUUUUUGUUUAUCAACAAGUAAUAAUUGUCCAAAAAUAUGCAUCUAAAUCGUGAAUUUUCCAUUCUUUAAAAAACUGCAUUGAGCCACAUUAAUUUCGGUUAAACACAUGCUGAAACAAAACGUACUUAAUUAAUUAAUUAAUUAAACAUUCAAAGUUUCAAACUCCAGGUAUACUGAUUAGUCCCACUUUGAAAUUGAGUUCACCAGGUAUAUACCAUGGGUUAGAUACAAAACUACAAAAUUUAACCGAAGUAGACUUCAAUGAAGUCUUUUUCUGAUGACGGCAUUUUUCACUUCUACAUUUCUCGCGGAAGUGUCGCUAAGUGAUUAUAGAUCAACUUGAAUCAACCAUCUGGAAUGUUGGAAGUUCGUUUUUAAAGAUUAAUGGCAAACACUAUAGACAACAAAGUAAAAUUGUUGAGCACUUAAAUGAUACGUAAUACUCCACAAGUUAAUAAUCAAAUUUUUAGAUGAUUGUGUUGGCCGUCCAUGUGUAAAUGGAGAAUGUAUUGAUGGAGUAAAUUCAUAUCAAUGUAGAUGUAAAUCUGGUUAUGAAGGAACAAACUGCGAGGAAAGUACGUACAGAAUAAGUGCUAAAAGUAUAAAUAAAUUGUAAAAUGUGGUUGUUAACUCGUUGAUGCGCAAGUCUCUCUCCUUGACGAGUAAAGUCCUCAUUCAUUUGGACGCAUUGCAGCUUACUGGUUAAUUGAUUAAUGUUUGUCAUUAUUUUAAUGAUAUUUAAAACGGAUAAACGAGCCCAGUAUGGAACAGAAGAUGACCACUGCGAACAAUUUAUCCACACACCACAUAACAUGUGUAUUCCCCACAGACAUCACUGCAUGCAUGCAUGUGUUUUCCAUGCAGUGUCUCCCCCAUCCUUAGGCUUAUCUUAAUUUGAUCAUCUUCUUUCCAAAGUAUAUGUACCCGUAAUAAAAAAUCUAAGUCUCAUGCAGUCAAAUUUAGUCGUAAAUCAGUACCAACGGUAACAGCGAAACCCUGAGUUAAUUGUUGACUGUAUUAACUGAUUAUUUUUAUAAUUAAAAUAUUUCAAAUUAUUGUCACCAGGCAAUAAAACUAUAAAUCUACUGACACGUUAAACUUGAAUGUUUUACAUUUUAGACAUUGAUGAUUGUCUUGGUGGUGCAUGUGUAAAUGGAGAUUGUAUUGAUGGAGUAAAUUCAUAUGAAUGUAGAUGUAAACCUGGUUACGAAGGCAAAAAUUGCGAGAAAAGUAAGAAAAAUUUUAAUUUGCCACUUUAUAUUAUAGUAAAAAUGUUCAAUUAAAAUACAACAAUAUAUCAAUGCUCCUUUAAAAUUGAUGCCAUAUUUAUAUAUGCCAGGCUUUCUGGCAUCCUUGUGUAGAAAAGUAGGACAAAAGUAGGACUAGAAUUUUAGGAAAAGUAGGAAUAAAGUAGGAAAAUGUGUAGAAAAGUAGGACAAAAGUAGGAGUUUUGGAGAUUCAAAUAACACAAAAAUAUACAAAAUUGGCCCCUAGGAUAUAUGUGGUAAGGGGUAGACCAUUAGAUAUCUGAUGGGGAAGUUGUGUGAAUUUUUGGUGCUCAAUAUUUUUAUGUACUCAUUCAUCUAUGCAGGAUUUUUUUCUCAAAACUCUUAAAUUGCAUCGGUAUAAAAGCUAAGGCAUCUGCUCCGCAGCAACACAAUUCAAAUGCAUGUAUUAGGCUACACAAUGCACCAAUCCACACUGCGGCAGGAGCAUAUAUCAGGACCGUAGGAAGCUCUUUUCGAUUGGGGGAGGGCCGAAAGCGAGGGCCAAAGGCCCGAGGAAAUUUUUAAAUUUAGAGUCUCUGAAAUGCCAUUUACUGGACUUUGGGGAAGAUUUGACAGAAUUCUAAUGGUCAGAAAACAGCAUUUUAGUAUGUCGAAAUUUACAAUUUGGUAGUACUAAAUGGGCGAAGGCGUAUUUAAUUAACUAUAUAUUGGAUAAGUUGCUGGAAAGUAUGGGUAAUAUCUUCAUUCUUUGCAGUUUCUCAUGGAUCAAAUGAUAAAGGUCUGCAUGAUUUAAAAAAAAAAGGAUUAUUAACAAAUUAUUGGGUGGCUGCAGCCCCCCGGUUGCUACAGCCCUGUAUAUAUGAUGCUUGAUUAACUGGGAGGGGGAGUAGAAUAUUUGGAAUCUCUAGAUCGUCGGAAAUGCACUUUCAAAGUCUUCAUUAAUUUAUUGAUUAUGAUUCUAGAGAUGCUAUGCAAUUUUAUACUUGGAAAAUGUACUUCUCCUCCUGAGAUCUUAUCAUCUGGGACACAAAUAGGGAAUAAAAAUUACGAGUCCUAUAGAUCUAAUUACGAGAGCUAUAACAUACUGAUUCCCCAAGCUGUCUUAAAAAAGUAGGAUUUUAUUAAAAAAAGUAGGAAAAAGUAGGAAAAUCAAGCAAUUUUUAAUAAAAAAUAGGAAAAGUAGGAAAGUUGAAGAAAAGUAGGAAAAAGUAGGAAAAGUAGGAUGGCAAGAAAGCCUGAUAUGCAUGUAAACUGAUUACCGAACUUCAGACAUCAUUUUGUCUUUGACGUACCAGAAGAUGACCACUCAUGCAAACAAUUUAUCCACAUCACAUAUAUCAUGUGUAGGCUAUUCCCCUGCACAGACAUCAUGCAUGCAUGUGUAUCUUCCACAACAGCUCCCCCAUCUUAAGCCAGUUAAGGUCCGUUUACAUUUGCAAUUUUUGCUGCGAUUUCUAUAGUGCGAUUUUCUCCUUCUGAUGCAUGUGAACGAGUAGAGGAGUCGCGAAUGUUCGGAGUACAUGUACAGCAAUGUGAACAUUCAUGACUAAAUUGACUUAUCUACUCGUUCACAUCAAGCAGAAGAAGAAAAUCGCACCUAAAAUCGCAGCAAAAUUUGCAAGUGUAAACGAGCCUUUAUUUUUAUAAUUAUAAUAUUUCAAAUUAUUCAACAUAACUAAAUAUUACUUACACUUUUAAACUUACGUUCUUUGAAUAUUUUUCAUUUUAGACAUUGAUGAUUGUCUUAGUAGUGCAUGUGUAAAUGGAGAUUGUAUUGAUGGAGUAAAUUCAUAUGAAUGUAGAUGUAAACCUGGUUAUGAAGGCAAAAAUUGCGAGAAAAGUAAGACCAUUUGUCACUUAAUUUAGUGCAUGAACCUUACAGUAAAAUAUUUUCAAUUAAAAUACAAUAUCAAUGAUUCUUCUUAUUACGUACGCCAUAUUUAUAUAUGUAAACUUUACUGACUUACCGAACUUUAGAUAUCAUUUUCUCUUUGACAUAUCAUCUAUAAAGCAGCAUUAUUUCUAAAUGAAACACUAAAAAUACUUGUGGUGAUACGAUGGAGAAACGUACUAAAAAAUAGAAAUUUAGAUGUGGUCAUAACUAUAUGCAUGGUAUAUAUGUCUUUACUCCAAACGAAAAUUUUUAUUUCAAUUCAUAGACAUUGACGAUUGUGUUGGCCGUCCAUGUGUAAAUGGAGAAUGUAUUGAUGGAGUAAAUUCAUAUCAAUGUAGAUGUAAACCUGGUUAUGAAGGAACAAACUGCGGGGAAAGUACGAAAAUCAUUAAAUUGUUAUAUUUUAGAAAAAUAUAUACUAUGAAUAAUAUAUAUCAAGUAGAAAGGUAUAUGAAAAUGCACUGAUACUACAGGGGCGGCGCUAGACCUCUUUGAAUGGUGGGUGCAAGUAAUGCCGAGUUAUGAAGGCAAAGAAUGGGGGGGGGGGGUGUAAGUAUAUAAUGCCGAAUUAGGAAGGAAAAUUUUGUCACUACAAUCACUAAUUAAUAUUUCUUUUCCCGAAAUUGUUGGCAAGCCCGGGGGCAUCACAUGUCUCAAUAUAAUUUUGUGUUCAACCACCGUUGUUCGUUCCAUUUUUCCAUAAUUGUUUCGUAAAUUUCUCCACAUUUUAGCUAUCAUUCUUAAUUUAAUUUUAAUCGGUGUUACUCAAAUUUUUUUCUUCCUAUCCAAGUUCAUGAUUUGCCAACUGGGAUUCAAUAUUUUACGGACUACCUUAUAUGACUGGACGGGGAGGGUGUUAAAAAUGAUCAAACUGUUCACACUGUUGUGCAACUAAUGGUUACAAGCCAAUUUUAGUGGAAUUUGGAUGAAAAUGAGAUGAUAAACUUACAAAAUCUAGUCUUCGCUCUUUUCCGCGCUGAAAAGAACUGAAGUAUAAUUGAUACAACGGUAUAAUAAAUGUAUGGACACUUAAGCCAUGGGCAAACUAGGAAACAUUGUUGCGGAAACAUUUGUGAUUCUCGAUGUUUCCUCAAAUGUUUCCAUGUUUGCCCACCCGUGGAAACAUUGUUGCGGAAACAAAAUUUGCUUCCUGGGAAGCAAAAAUGUUUCCUACCAAAUUCAGAAACAUUUGAUGUUUCCCUAUGUUUCUCACCAAUGUUUCCUAGUGUUUGCCCACUCUGGGAAACAUGGCGAAACAUUGGUAGGAAACAAUGUUUCCGCAACAAUAUUUCCUAGUUUGCCCAGGGCUUUACAACAUUUAAAUCUAAAUAACAUAAAACAUUUACUUUCCGAUCCAGAUAUUGACGAUUGUGUUGGAAACAAAUGUGUUCAUGGAAAAUGUGUUGACAAAGUUAAUUCGUACCAAUGCCAAUGCGAUUUUGGUUAUGAAGGAGACAGGUGUGACCAAGGUAAGAAAAUAUCUCAAAAAUCAACUCAACAGUAUUAACUUCGGCCCCUUUUACGACUUUUCAUUAGGGGUACAUUACACCCCCUAUAUACCACCCCAGGGGCACGGCACUGCAUUAAAAGCUUUUCAAGGAUCCGUGUCAGCAAUAUAUUAAUGUGAUAGGUUUUUUAGAUUUUUUAUUUGAAAGACGUUGACUGGAUUUUUUGUACAAUAUGUUUCCCAGCCGUAUACUAAACGAAAUUUUUUAACACCGUCCAUGCAGGAAUUUGGGAAAUUAUUAGCACUAGCGAAAAAAGCACACCACUACUUAAAUGUAUUUUUAAACAAUGAUUUUUAGUUAUUAUGAAGCCCUCAACUUGCUCAGAUGCGAACUGGUGGAAAAGUUUCGAUGCAAAAGGCUGGUCAAAUUGUGACAGGGAUAAUCUGUUCAUCACUGGAUUUAAUCGAAGUCCUCCAAAGAAAAAUAAUAAGGAUCCAAUUUACUUACUCGAAGAAGCAAAGUGCUGUAGUGCAAUACCACUGUUGAGCAGUAAAGGUGGCGAGUGUUUGGCCGCAAACUGGUGGUCAACUCUAGAUAAGUAUGUUGAUUAACUAUUUCUAAGGUUACUAUGGUAACCAUAUAGCCAGCGGCAUACGUCUAUAUCAGUUACAACACUCCAGUUAAAGUUUUACGUCUUCAUCAGGGUUGCAACUAGCUCCUUACAUAAUGUAACAACACCAGAGCGGUUUCAAAUUCAGACAAAGAGCGGUUUCAAAUUGUCCCAACGCUCAAGUAGAGCUUAUAGAAUUUUAGGUGUACUUUUUCAACCGGCAGUUUAUCCCAAUUGUUAAAAUCGUUUUUGAUAUAUACACCCCAAACUUCUGCAUUGUACAGAAGAAUGGGGAUUAUUAUGCUGUCGAAAAUUUUAAUAGCAGAUUUGGGGCUAAGUUGGUGUAGGUUGAGCAGUCUUCUAAUGCUAUAUGGCACAUGCAGGGCUUUUUCACUCAGCUGUUUGAUGGCCAAGGCAAAGUUACCAUUGUGAUUAAGCUUUAUGCCUAGGUAACAGUAUUCCUGUACAACGGAUAUCUUUUCAUUUCCUAGUGUGAAAAUUGGUUUCGCUUUUUUGUUUUCCUUUUUUCAAAAAUCAUAAUUUGGGUUUUCUUUACGUUUACCUCCAUUAGCCACUUCUUAUUCCAGCUAUGGAGUUUAUCCAGACACUUUUGGAGGCCGAAUUUUGAUUUAUAUAAAUAGUAUUAGAUAAUCUGCGUAAAGAAGACAGCUCAGUUCUGUUCCGUUAGGCAGUGUAAAUGGGUCCGAAUUGGUGUUUUUAAAUAAGGUCGUCAUUUCAUUAAUAUAAAUAUUGAAAAGGGGGCUUAGUAUACAUCCUUGACGUACACCUUUAGAAUAAGUGAAAAAUCGGUUCUGAUGUUGUUUUGUUUGAUAGCACAUUUCGAGUUAGAAUAAAGACUCUUUAUAAGACUGUAAAACUGAGCAUCAAUUUUAUUUUCAAGUAAUUUCAAAAAAAGAUCUUUGUGCCAAAUAGAGUCAAAGGCUUUUUUAAAAUCCACGAAACAUGCGUAAAUUUUACACGCGUUUUGUUGUACUUGUUUGUCAAUUAGUGUUUUUCAAAGUAAAAAUAUGGUCUGCAGUUCGGUGGCCAGACUGAAAUCCAAUUUGAGAUGGAUGUAUUAAGCUUUGUUGGUAACUAAAAUUACUUAGGCGGUCAUUAAGGAUAAUGCAGAGAAUUUGCUCAAACAACUUGUCACACAAAUUCCUCUGUAGUUGUUGGGGGUUAGUUUUAUCACCAGACUUAAAGAUAGGCGUAAUCAGUCCUUCACACCAUUGAUCUGGGAAGCUACCAGUUUCUAGUAUGAGGUUAAAAAGUUUUUUGUAUCCUUGUAACAGUAUGUUUGUCCUGCAGUUGUUUAUCAGAGUACGCGGAUUUGUUGUUUUUAAUUUCCUCGCGGCGUUGAUAAUUUCGUAUUCUGAAAUAGGUUUAUCGAGUAAAUUAUUUGUGGGUUCCUUUUCAAGAGUUUUAAGCGUUUGUAAUAUACUGAUUAAUCUGUUCAGAGCCUAUUGCAAUGUUACAAUAUGGGGGAGGGGGGUGCACCCCCAAACCCCCACCGCCCCAGUAGUUACGGUCCUGUUUGUUGGAUAUGGUGACUCUAAGGUCUUUUUCCUCUCAUGACACUCAGCAGCGUUUCUGAACAGUAUGCGUAGACUUAUAUCUCAUACAAAUUAAAUUAUAUUUUCGAACGCAUUCAUUCGUAACUAUACUUGUCGUUCUCCAGAGAAAAUGCCCAUCGUUAACAGACAUCAAUGCAGGUGUAUACUAUACACUCACUGGUAUAUAUAUUAUUUAUACAGCUAUCCUUUAUGAAAUUUUACCGGCCCUCCCUCCCCAAUAUAAUUAAUGACUGUUAAACAUAACAUACAAUUGCGUGAUAAUCUUGCCAUAAACGAUCGUUAUGGUCAAACACCUUGUUUGUAAGUGUGGCUUUGGUGCUGGCGUUAUAUUCCUCUAUAUAUCAAAAGAGACUUUAGAGCAACUGCUCCAAUGACGCGGGACCUAACUGCAGAAUCAAAUCAUUGGGUCGUGAAUAUAAUCAUUCGGGGAAUACAUUCAUUUACUUAAUUCUUAAAGUAGAGUAUAGUGAGACAUGUCUCUCAUCAAUUCAAUUAUUUUUUUCAAUAGGAAAAACGAGUGGAGUUUGUGUCCCUCAGGUUACUUCCUAAACGGUUUGUAUCGCAACAGUGGAGACAAGUUGCAUAAAAUCGAGGAAGGUCGUUGCUGUAAACCCAAAACUCAUCCUAACUGGUACGGACAAUGCUAUGACGAAAAUGUUGGAAUAGCAUUUGAUAAGCAAGGAUGGUCAAAGUGUUCCAAAACUGGUCACUACAUCACUGGAGUUCAUCGCGAUUCUGGCACUGACUGGCUUCACAAUAUUGACAAAUUCCGCUGCUGUCAAAUGUUCCCUUCAGGUAAGAAAGACAGAAGUGUAUAGCCUGGCAUUCCAAUUAUAUGGAUAUGAAAAUACUGCAAUUGAGAGUGUCGCUUUUUACAGUGUCUUGCGUCACUGCUGACUGGAUAUUAAGUUUCGAUAAACAAGGAUGGUCGAAAUGUACUGGGGAAAAUACAUUCAUUACCGGAUUUUACCGUUCUGAGAAGAAAGGAAAUGAUGAAAUAUACCGUCUUGAGAAGGCAAGGUGUUGUAUUGCCAGCCCACAAUACCAAGGCGAAAGUGGUGUUUGUGUCGAUGAAAAUUGGUGGGGAAUUCUCGAUAAGUAAGUUAUUUUAAUUAAAUCCCAAACCUUAUGAAAUUGUGUACCAAUAGUUGUUUCACUUGACUCUAGUACAUUUGGUGCGAAUUAGAAUUUUUUUGAUCUUCAACCUCGAUUCCAGGGUCUUUAGAAAGACCCUGGAAACAAAGUUGACUUGAACUUUUGGUUAUAUAGAAAAUGGUUUUCAUAUACCGGGUGUCCCAAAAAAAAGUACUCCGGUUUGAUUCUCAAUAACUUCUAAACAAGUAAAGCUAUCAAACAGAAAUAACUUGCAUUAAAUAGAGGAAUGACUAACUUAGAUUUUGAUAUAUUACAGUUGUAUUUUACUUAAAAAUUCACGGAGAUAUUAAUGUUCAAAAUCGGGAGCAUAUUUUUGGAUGUGUCUAAAAUUAGCGAAAAACGGCAUAUCAAAUAUUAAUUCCAGCGUUUGUUUGCUUAAUGACAUAUCAGGCUAUUAUAAACUUGUAUUUCAGCGAAUUGUCGUUAGGACUUAUAAGGGAUAUGGCGUAAAUUUAGACAUCUUACAUGUAAGUUUUAGCUUAUUGUUUCCUGAAAUAUGAACGUUCGAAAUUAUGCGGGUAUUUAAUAGGUCUUUACAAACUUAAAGGUACAUGCAUGAAAGACCAUGCAAGUUAAAUUUUUCUUAAAUAUAGCCUAAUUUUUUUUAUAAUGUUUUUCAUGGGUUCAAAACAAAGUUGAUUAUUUCUCGGUUAGAGCAAGAUAAAUAUUAUUCUUUAAUGAAUUAGGAAAUAAUUUUGCUUUUUGCAAAUACACAUCACAGAAUCAACGCUACUAUUUUGUUACGUUUUGUUCCAAAAAUGUUGGAUGUCUCUGGGGAGUUGCUCUAAUAUGUCUUAUGGAGUUGUAUGGUUUGAUUGUGUUUUAUUCUCAGUUUAUUCUGAACUUGCCAAGAUUAAGAAAAAGCAAAAGAGUUUGGGUGUUCUUAACAAGAUUUCAAAACGUUUCAAAAGUUAGAAGAGCUUCACAAUUCCAUUGUGACAGCAUACCCUAAUUCAACUACGAACGAUCCAUGACGAUCAUUCGCGAUACAGUGGCCUCGUGAAAUAAGGAAACGUAUUCGUGCUAGCAACAUGCACACGCGGAUUUCGGACGAAUAAAUCUUGCUUGUAUUUUGUAGAUAAUAAUACUUUGUUUCAUAAUAAACAAUUUGUCAAGUGUCAUUUAUUUACUGGUAAUAGUGCAUGUUUUAGUCGGGCAAAUCUUGAUUAAUAUUUGAUACGCCGUUUUUUGCAUAUUUCAGACACAUCCAGAAAUAUGCUCCCGAUUUUAAACAUUAAUAUCUCCGUUAAUUUUUAAGUGAAAUACAACUGUAAUAUAUUAAAAUCUAAGUUAGUCCUUCCUCUAUUUGAUGUAAGUUAUUUCCCUUUAAAAGCUUUACUUGUUUAGAAGUUAUUACGAAUCAAACCGGAGUACUUUUUUUUGGGACACCCGGUAUACUUACUAUAAAUCUCCAUCUCUUUCCAACCAUGAAAAAGUGAAAAAAAUUUACCCAACCUCAAAUAUCAAUUAAAAAUAAAUAUACCCACCCCUGGCCAAAAACUAUACAAAAGGGUACCAUUUAGUUGUAUGUUACACAUCUCCUUUACCACCUCUGCGACACGAGUUUGAUAACUACUUGUGCAGUUUUUCUGCAGCCUACUGCAGUUUCGUGGUGUCUGCACAUGUACACUCUUUGGAGACACUUAUGUCUCCUGAAAAUGAUACGAUAGUGACUCUGAUUGAUUCACAUAUUGUAUUGACAUGAUUUUUAUAGUCUUCAAUAUUUGAAUGAUUCAUGCUUUUGAAAUGACAAUAAAUAAAUUUUUUAUUACCCAACCCUUGAGUUGUUUUGUUUUUCAUUUACCCACCCUUUUACUCACUCAGAAUUUUGUUUACCCAAUCCUUUUCUUCAGUCCCCCCCCCCCCGCCAUAAAUAAUUACCGCGGUCCCUAGAGAUUUUCUUAAAAUUUUCUUUUUUAUGCAGCAAACGAACAUGGGCUAAAUGUCGCCCUGGCUAUUUCCUACAUGGCCUAAAACGCACCAGUGGCAAUAAUGUACAUAAUAUUGAAGAGGGAAGAUGCUGUCGGCCAAAAAAUCAUCCCGCAAAGCACGGUCAUUGUUAUGAUCAAGAUAUUAAAAGUGUCUUCAGUAGUGAGGGAUGGGGUGCGUGCACAAAGGCUGGUUACUACGUCACUGGAAUUUAUCGCCAUAAUGGUAACCGCCUUCACGAUAUUCAAAAACUCAGAUGUUGCAAAAUGGCGGCAUGAUCAGGUCAGUCACCUAUACCCGUUAUUACUGCAUUUUUUGUCUUUUGUCUUAAAAUAUUUCAAAUUUAACAAAGAGUUAACUUAUUAGAGGUGUGCAAAUCCGAUCCGAAUCCGAUCCGUUCGGAUUUCGUAACCAAAAUAUUCAUUUCGGAUCGGAUUGAUAAAGUUGUUUCGUGGUCGGAUCGAAAUAACUUGUUUUGAAGAUUUUUGUUCCCAUGCUUACUUCUUGAGAUAUUUCUUUUGUUUGUAACUAUGUGACGUCAUCUACUCAAUUACAUAUAUAAUGAGAUAUCAGUAAUUGUUGUGUAUCUUUGCUAUUUUUGAUCGAUUUGUUAAAAAACACAGUAUGCUUAAUGAUGCAGGUUAAAUUAACAAACGCGCCGCAUCUUUCGAAAUAUUUUGAUAAAAAUAGCAAAGAAUUACUGAUAUCUCAUUAUAUAUGUAAUGGAGUAGAUGACGUCACAUGGUUACAAACAAAAUGAAAUAUCUCGAGAACUAAGCAUGGGAACCAAAAUCUUCAAAACAAGUUAUUAUACAGUUUUACGAGCACAUUCGUUUAAGAAAAUACAAAUUUUGAUCAUACUGCCCCUUUAAUUAUCCACGCAUUAUCGCAAGAAUUAAUUAUCCAUGCAUUUAUCAAAGCAUUGUCGCGGUUGUCACUGCAUUAUUCGUUUGAUACUUCAUUGGACGUCACUUUGUCAGCUUCUUGACAUGUAUUUCUUGCUUUUAUAUUUAUUUGGUCACUAUGCAUUUCACUGAUAUGUGCAUUCCGCAUUUUAUCCCGAACGGCGUUCGACGUUCGACGCAGGCCUGGUUACAACCAGGCCUGCGUCGAACGUCGACCGUCGAACGCCGUUCGGAAGCAAGAAAAAAUGCGGAAUGCACAUACAGUGAAAUGCGUAGUAAAUAUUUCAACUUGAAUGAGAAAUUUAUUUUAUUAAAGAAUUCUUCGGAUCGGAUCGGAUUGGAAUUCUCUAUCAAAAUUCGGAUCGACAAUUUCGGUCGGAUUUUAAACAUUAGGCAAUUGUCGGAUUAUAAACGUCCGAUCCGAUGCACGCCUCUAUAACUUAUCAUCAUAAAUACCAUAAUCAUGGUGCAGACUCACCCAUAUUGCUUUAUUUUGUCCGAAAGUUAAUGAUAAAAAUUAUUAAAAGAAAGCAUUACAAAAAGGUUUAAAAUUUAACGUGCUAUACAAAAUAAUAAAAAAAUGUUUACAUAAAAUUGUACAGCUAAUUAACGUUAGACACAUGCACAUGUGUUUACCGAAAAGAAAUUGGUUGGGAUGAUUUUGUAUACAGUCAAGUAAAAAUAAAAUACUUGCCAAUCGAUGAUUGAACAUAAUCACAAGAAGACAAAUAUGUGACAUAACACCCAAACGCAUCUAAUACUAAAUAUACUAAGCCUAAAUAAGCCUAAGAUUCUUCGAAAGUUGUGGGUUUUCUCUGGGUACUCCGGUUUCCUCCCACAGGGAAUGUCGAUCCCCUAACUGACCCCUUCUACCGUAGCAGUGCUCUCAGAGAUGAGUCAUAAGGUAGCUUGCCUUCGACUUCAUGAGUCCAUCCCAUUCACUCACUUACUACACGAUGAUUCUACUAAUUACUGGACGAUGAAAUUUUAGGUACGUUAAUCUUAUGACUAUAUGCUGAUAAUAUUCAUGUUUAUUUCAUGCAGGUUUCGCCUACAAGCAAACACAAAAUUAAGAACGAUACUGGAUAAAGAUUGCAGUAUACACGUAAACAGUAGAAAUUUUAUAGAAAUAGUACAAGAAAUAUAGAAAGGUAAAAAUUGGUCUAUUUGCAAACAAUAUACGGCAUGUAUUAUCGGAAGUGGUUAAAAAUAUAACUCUUGAGCAUAUUUUCUGUGUCAUAUCAUCGAUCAUAUCAUUUGUUCAGGC